UCUAGUAUGGGAUGUGAUCGGAUCCCAUUGCUGAACAAAGUGGUGUGGUUUUCUUAAAACAUGGAAAGGCGAGUAAAGACAGCCCGCGAAAAUGUCGGGGCCGAUGGCAGAUGGCGAGGGGAGAGUCCUGACACUUGAGGACCUCGCUGAGGCAUUGGAUAAGCAGGAAAGGACACCAAGCAAUGUCCCCAAAGUUGACACUUUCCAUUUCAAUGGGGAACGGGUCUCUGAUUGGUUAGACUUGGUGGAGCAAACCUUGGUGGGUUUACCAGAUGAAGUAAAGUUCAAUCGCAUCCUGAAGUAUGUACUUCAUGUCCACCAUCAGGAGGUGGAGAAGGUUGUAAACGCGGCCAAUGGCAGUUGGGCCCGAUUUAAAGAUGGGAUGCGGAGGAAGUAUAGGCUGGGCGAUGGACUGCUGACCACAACAGACCUAGAAGCCAUGAACAGGGACGACUUCACCACAGUGGGGGCGUUCUUGCAGGAAUUCAAGAAGAAAGCGAGAAAAGUUCAUGGCAUCUCAGAGGAAGCCCAAUGUGCUAUCUUUCUGGGGCUGCUCACCGCCGCGGAGGCUGCGGAACUAACGAGCCAUGGAGGAGGGAGUGAGAAACUCACGUGGGCCACUAUUGAUAAAGGCAUGGCAGAUGGAAGCCUGCACGAAGUGGAACAACACCAGAUGCGCCUGCAAAGGCGUAAGAGGAAGGAGAGGGACGCCACAGCGUCCGGAACCCCUGGAGUAAGGAGGAUUGUCACUGAGGUACUAGUGGAAUUCGGCUAUGGAAAAGACACAGUGGUUCAAAGGAAAGUAGUGACAGCAGUCCAAGGCAAGGGGGAAGUUCCACUAAUAGAGGAAGAUGUCCAGGAAGAGUGGGAAGAGGAGGAGCCGGUGCCCCAACACCUCUCGAAAGCGCUACGUAAGCAGCGCAACUUAGCACAAGGGGGGCAAGGUUCAGGGAAGGGGCAAGAGCCCCAAGCCGUGGUGGUAGCAUCACCAAGCGCGUCGGUACCGUCAAGUAGUGCGGGACCCUCACAAGCAGCAGUACCGCCAUUCGGGCAGUGGCCAUGGCCUAUAUUCAACACUUUUGUGCCAUGGGGGAGCCCGGCCCCAUCUGGGCAAAUGAUACCUUAUGCGGGGCCCCAAACAAUUCACAAGGUAGCGUGGCAGGAGGAGGAGACCAGGGUCAGGGUAACCAAGGGAAUGGAGGGAGAGGUGGUGGAAGAAGGCGCGGCAAAAACGGCGGAGGCCGAGGAGGAGGGCGCUGGGAUAACCAGGGCCACCAAAGCCAAGAGAAUCAAGGAGGUCAAAGGGUAUGGCAGAGCCCGGUUCGAUCGGAGGACCGCCAUAUGUCAGCAUUGUGAUAAACAGGGUCAUACCAUACGAUUCUGCAAUACUAGGCGGGAAGAUGAAAGAGUGGGAUUGAUCUACUCCAACAUGGAUGGGGAUAUAUAUCAUCGGUUGGGGGAGCAUAUUGACAGGAAGGUCCCUGGCGGAGUAAGGGCAGAAGCUCUAAGAAGGGUAGCAACACGACAAGCGUCGCCUGCCACUUUCAGAUUGUGGCAGGAGAGGGAUGACCCGCCAAUAGGAGUAGAAGAAGUGGAUGGCAAGGAGGAGGUGAUUCAAAGACUACAGUCGGGGGUCAUAAAGGAGGAGCCUAUAGUCAUAAAAUCAGACGACGAGAGUGAGGGUGAAAUGGUUGAGCCAGCGUCGGUCCUUUUGGGGAAAAUGGAAGAUUUGUGGGACAAAAUGGACCGGUAUCGGCAAAAUCUGAUCGAUAUGUGUGAAGAAGUAGAGAGUUGGAGAGAUGGUAUCCCUAAAGUCUUCCUAUAUGACUCAGGUCCUGAAUCCAUGCCAGGAAGGCAAGGAUACCCAGGAGUUACCACGGUAAGUUCAGGGCCUAGGUCUGAAAUGACCCACAGGCCCCCUACUUCGUUGGCCCGAGCCGCGUUGGCCGCACGGACUAGGGGACAAGCAAAGGCGAGGGCAGGCCAGGACUCGCCUCAGAGAGAGCCACAGCCAGAACGUAGAAAGGAGCAUGUGGAGGUAGAGGACGAUGAUGAUGAAGAGGAUGAGAAGCUCCGGCAAGAGGAAGACUGGAGGGCCGAACAGAGGGCGAGGAAGAGAGGUUCCCAGGAAGAAGCUGAGCCAGUCCUGCGCGACGUAGCGCCAAAGAAGAAGAAAUACGCGGUCCGGCUUGAGGAAGGUUUUGAUGUGGAAAGAGUGAUUGACAGGCUGCUGGAGGGGCAUACUUAUCUUAUGACCCUAAAGGAGAUUCUGGCGUCUGCCCCAAGGCUCCGCAAUGAGCUAAAGGGUAGGCUUCCGAGGCGGUUGGUGCCGAGCGUCCACCGUAGUGUGAUUCUGCCUAAGCAAGUGGAGUGGGCGGACCCGGGAACGAAGAUGGACUGGAAAUGUGUGGCCUGCGGCAUGGUGGACUUAGUGGUAAAAGGCUCCAAGUGCGUAGCAAUGGUGGAUACGCGAGCGGAGAUGAAUAUCAUCCGCGAAGCUGACGCAAUUAAGUAUGGGGUGGACAUUGACCGUUCAGACUGCGGUAUUUUACACAAGGCAAACUGCAAGGCCGUGUUCUGUGGGACCGCCUCGAAUGUGCUCCUAGAGAUUGGAAGAGUAAAAGCCAGGACUUGUUUUUUCGUAAUGCCAGAUGUGGACCAUGACAUUCUCCUGGGGAGAUCCUUUUUAUGUUGGACAGACACCCUGAUGUACAACAAGCAUGAUGGGUCGCUGAUCCUGAUCUUAUGUGACCCAACAUGUCAGAAUUACGAGGUAAUUACCUGCCGAAAUACUGGGCCGCGAAGCUUAAGGAACAGGCCCAAUCCUGGCUCAUUCACUAUUGAAGAGUCAGAAAACGAGCAUAGAAGGCUUAUGGCAAAGCCUGAGGAAGAAGUGAGGGAAGAAGCGUUCUCACUCAGCUUGUCUGAUGUGAACAAGGCCAUGGACAUAAUGGCCACGCAUGAAAUGGCGGAUCCAGACGCCCCCCCCACUCAUUCGCGAUGUCCUCAUCGCGCACCAAUCUCCUGUCAGUGGGGUUCGAAGGGAUAGACGGGAGAGGAGGAUGAAAUGUCAUAGGUGGUUAGUUUGUCAGGGUCCGUUUUGUCUUUUCUUGUUCCUUUCUCGG